AUGGGAGCAGAUUAAUCAACUAGGAUAUACAACGUUCCAAUUGAUGAGAAGAAGCAAGGAUCUUCUCAAAUCAUGAGACACCCCAAUUUCUAAAAGGACUUGGUCAAUACACCAUUUCCAAAUAUCAAGAAUAUCCAAGAUCUUAUUCUUCAUGGCUACUCUCUUGAUAAAAAUAAAGAAUUUUUAGGAACUCUUAACCAAACAACUAACUAGUAUGAGUAUAUUACUUACGAUACAGUUAUGACCCAAGCAAAAAGCAUAGCUUCUGCUCUCUAAAAUUUAUCUCUUCUUAAAGAAGCUAAAGAUUACAAGAACUAUGACCUCAAGCUUGUAGGUAUCUAUGCAAAAAAUAGAGCCGAAUGGAUUGUUUCAGAUAUAGCAAAUGCCCUUUACGGGUACACAAUGGUACCAUUGUAUGAUUCACUUGGACCUGAAUCUAUCAGCUAUGUUUUGGGACACUCUGGAAUCACAACCUGUUACUGCUCCACUCCUUCUAUUUAAACUCUAUCUAAAACUAAGGACUUGCAUGAAUUAAAAAAUAUCAUUGCUUAUGAUGAAGUCCCUGCUGAGCUUUAGGAUUUGAUGAAAAGCAGAGGAAUUACCAUUUAUAAAUAUUCUGAUUUAUUAGCAAAAGGUUCUGAAAAUAUUCUUCCUCUACCUACCUUAACUCCUUAAACUAUCUUUACUUUCAGCUACACUUCUGGCACAACAGGUAAUCCAAAAGGAGCUAUGAUUUCUCAUAAAAAUAUAUUAAGUUCUGUUGCAGGUCACAUGAAUAGUGAUGUGAAAUUUGUAUCAAGUGAUAUUCAUUUGAGCUAUCUUCCUCUUCCUCACAUAUUUGAACGUUUUGUUAAUGUCUCUUGCUGGUUAGUUGGUGCUUAGGUGGCUUUCUUCUCAGGAGAAAUAACUAAACUUAAGGAUGAUAUCGCUGCUGCUAAGCCAACUAUUUUAAUCACUGUCCCUCGUUUAUUAAACAGAUUCUAUGAAGCAAUCAAAAAUAACUUAAAUUCUAAUCAAGGAUUUAAAAAAAUGCUCAUUGAUUAUGCUCUUGAAACUAAGCUGUAAAACCUAGAAAAGAGUGGAAAAAAUACUCAUAUGCUUUAUGAUGCUAUCGUUUUCAGCAAAAUAAGACAAGUUUUUGGAGGUAGAGUAAGAAUCCUUGUUAGUGGUUCUGCUCCUAUCUCACCUAAGGUUAUGGACUUUUUCAGAAUAGCUCUAUCUUGUAUAGUAUGUGAAGGUUACGGCUAAACUGAAGGAACUGGUCUUGCCACAGUUUAAACAAUACUCGAUAGCAAGUCUGGUAAUGUAGGAGGUGCUGUUUCAGGCUGCGAAAUAAAACUUUAGGAUGUUCCUGAUAUGGAAUAUUUGAGUACAGAUAAAGACGAAAAUGGCAAUCCUAUGCCUAGAGGUGAAAUAUGUGUUAGAGGUAACAGCAUAUUCGAAGGUUAUUACAAAGAUGAUGAGAAAACCAAAGAAGCUAUUGAUGAAGAAGGAUGGCUUCAUUCAGGAGAUAUUGGAUAAAUCCUUCCAAAUGGAGGCUUAAAAAUUAUUGAUAGAAAAAAAAAUAUAUUCAAGUUGAGUUAGGGUGAAUACAUUUCUCCAGAAAAGGUAGAAAACAUCUACGUUAGAGCAAGAGGAGUUUAAGAAGUUUAUGUCCAUGGUGAAUCCUUAUAUAAUUUCUGUAUUGGAAUUAUUGUUCCUAACCCAGAAGUUAUUGUUAAAAUAGCAAGUGAGUUAAAUAUCAAUGAAACUGAUGUAGCUACUCUAUGCUAGAAUAAAUAGAUUAUUGAAUGGUAUUUGAAGAGUCUUAAUGAAUUUGGUAAAAAAGAAGGUCUCUUUACUUUCGAGUAACCUCAAAAGAUUUAUCUUGAACCUGUUUCAUUUACAGUUCACGGAUGCCUCACUACAAGUUUCAAAUUGCAACGUCAUAUUGCUAAAGUGCAUUUUAAAAAGGUUAUUGAGGAUUUAUAUUCUUAAUAAUGA